GUCUUCUUGCUGGUCGCCGCCCUGCUCCCAUAACCCCCCUCGGCCACCCUUGCUGGCCUCCAAUUAAGUGCUCAAGGUUCAGAUCGGCGGUCUGACCCUUGCUGGUCCUAUGGUCGCUGUUUUUUUCCUUCGUCACGGUCGGUGAGGAGAUCGAAACUUUUUCCCGCCAUAGGGUCAAGGAAAUCGUCCUGCUUUCCCCCCGAAAAAAAAAAGAAGAAAUCGUCCUGUUUUGCCCUUCACUUUUUCCUUAACUUUUUCCCGCGCAUAGGGUCAAGAAAAUCGUCCUGAACUUUUUCCCGCGCAUAGGGUCAAGGAAAUCGUCCUGGUUUUCCCCGGAAAAAGAAAAAAAGAAAUCGUCCUGUUUUGUCCUUGCUGAAACCAUGGAGCGGGGAGUUGGUGGAUUGAGCAAACCGGAGUACCUCGAGAAAGGUGUGGAUUACGACGAGGGUGUUUUCAAGAACACCCGGGGAAUGUCCCUGUUCACAUCGACAUGGCUUCCUUCGGGAAAAGAGCUGAAGGCGCUUCUCUUCUUCUGCCAUGGCUAUGGUGGAGAGUGCUCCGUAUCCAUGGGCGAAACUGCGUUGCGGUUUGCGACUGCCGGAUAUGGGGUUUUCGGGGUGGAUGUUGAAGGCCAUGGCCGCUCGGAGGGCCUCCGAGGUUUCAUACCAGAUGCAGAGAAGAUGGUAGGGGAUUGCGUGGACUAUUUCAAGACAGUGAGGGAGAAAGCGGAGUUCAAGAAGAAGGCAAGGUUCCUGUACGGGGAGUCGAUGGGGGGCGCAACUUGUCUGCUGAUACAUCGGAAGGAGCCUGGAGUGUGGAACGGAGCCAUUCUCGUGGCGCCGAUGUGUAAGAUAUCGGAGAAGAUGAAGCCUCCCGCGAUCGUGACACGUGUCUUAACGAUGGUGGCGGCUUUCGCUCCCAGGUGGCAGAUUGUGCCGAUCAAAGACCUCGUCGAUAGUUCUAUCAAGGAGCCAGCCAGACGAGAGUUGGUGCGAUCGAAUGCGUACAAUUAUAAGGACAGACCGCGUUUGGGAACAGCACUGCAGAUGUUGAAAGUGAGCACGGAUCUGGAAGCUCGCCUGGAGGAGGUGACCAUCCCCUUCCUCCUGCUCCACGGAGAGGCGGAUGCCGUAACGGAUCCCGCGGUGUCGCAGGCGCUGUACGAGGUGGCCAAGAGUGUCGACAAGACGUUCAAGGUGUACCCAGGAAUGUGGCAUGCACUGACAACAGGAGAGCCAGAGGACAACGUGGCGAUGGUCUUCCGGGACAUUUUCGAGUGGCUGGAGUCUAGGUGCAUGGUGGGGAGUUUGACCUCUCAGCGAAAGCAACAGCAGCAGUAGAUGGUAGGACGCAGUAGUUGCUGCCAGAACAGUAGUCAGAUUGGACCCAGAGCGAGAACCACUGUCUGCACACACACACACACACACACACACACACACACACAGAGAGAGAGAGAGAGAGAGAGAGAGAGAGAGAGAGAGAGAGAGAGAGAGACGGUGCGUGACAGCGCUGCGUGUGGCGCUGCCGUGUGUCGCGACCAGAUUCGUGGCAGGUGGGCACAGUGAGGAAAAAUCUGGCCGCGCCACACGGCAGGGCGUCAUUCCCAGUCUCUCUCUCUCUCUCUCUCUCUCUCUCUCUCUCUCUCUCUCUCUCUCUGUGUGUGUGUCUGUGCUCGGGCCAUGUUGGGACGGGCGGGGGGACGUGUUUGCGGCACAUUGGUUUGACUGACUGUGACCAAUAAAUGUGGCCAGAUCCG